AUGUUCGACCAGCUGGUGCUUGGGGCUGUUUUUGCCAGCCUCAGCAGCAUUGGUCUCUGGCAUUCUAUUCCGUUGACCGGAAUCAGUCCUUCCAACUCUUUCUUCUGGCGGGGCCUCAACUCCCUCGAAAUUGCCUACUCCAUUCACGCAUUGCGCCAAGUUCAUCCUUUCGUCUUCCCCAAUGACGAUGCAAUCUCAGAGCACGACCUUCUCCUACAACUUUCAGUCGAUGCCCGACAGUACGAAAAUGCCAGGCUGGCCCUGCAACAAUCGGCUGAAGCCGUAUCACUGCAAAUCAACAUCCCAGGAGUCACAGUGACAACGCUAGGCCCGAGUGAUACGGCAAUACCAACCUCGGUCUAUUUGAACGACGGCUCGGCAUCUCAGCGCACCUACGAGGAACUGCAGCAGUUCAUCGCAGCCCAGGAUAGCUCGGUGUACUACAUCGUCAUGGCUGUUCUCGUUCUGGCUAUUCUCACAAUACAGGUAAUGGGCUUUGGGAUGUUGUAUAACGUCAAGAGUCAAGUCGAGGACAUGCAAUACGACUACUUUGACCGAAUGGGCGGCGUCCAAGAGCAGUUCCACACCUUGAUGAUAGAGAUCCGCGAAUUCCGGAGAGAAAAUGGACAAGUACGACAUGUUUUCGUCCAGCUAGCGGAGUCCAUCAGAGACUCCUCGGCCGAUGUCCAGCAUUGUUUGUUGCAUCUUGUUGGCGUCAUGGAAGACAAGUACACGUCUGGGUUGAUCACUAUGGAGUCCAAGCUGGACGAGGUCAGUCAGCAACACCAAACACUGAUGAGAAAUACUGAAAGUUUCCCUCAGAUCCCAAGACAGUUGGCUUGGCUCAACAUACUAAUGGCGAAGAACUUGUCCGAAGACCUGCCCGACCCGGGAGUGCAUCUCGAGCAGCCCAAUUUGGAUUUACGCAAGAGCAAGAGCUCUAGCACCAACGGAGCUUCCACUUCCAAGGGAGCUAUGGGUCUGAAGAAUGGAAAAGGAGGUGUAGGUCAGUACAAUGGUCAGGGAUUGACCUAG